AUGAACCAGGUUCUCUAUAACAAUAACUUGCUUGGCAACAUUUUAUCAUUCUUAACUCCGCUUGAGAUUCUAUCCUCGAUUCCUCAUGUUAGCAAGGUUUUUUAUCACACAUCAAAAACAAGCUGGGCCAUUGAAAGAUUAUUUUCAAGCAUGCUUCCUGAGAUUUUUUGAAUUAGGCCGCCUCUUGACUACCCAUGUAUAAUAACUUUCAAAGGCCUUUUCAAUAAAAUCUACAAAGGCGCUCGAUUAUUAUUUUAUUUUCGAAUUUGCAAGAUAUGCGGCAGGUUGCUUAUCCUUGAUUCGUAUCCUUAUGAAAAUGGAUCUAUUACUCAAGUUCAUAAAAGAUCAUAUACAAGGCAUCGGCGUUUCCAAAGAGUUUCUCUACAUGCCUAUAGGGCUAAUUUUACACUGUAUAUAGGUGAUGAAGAAAAACACACCUGCAAGAAUUUUUGCCAAGAAGAGUCUACAAACGGAAUCAAUUGUGAGUGAUACUUAAAAUUUUUAGAAAAUAAAAUUCAAAAAAAAGAAUUUUUUAAUCUCAAAAGAUUUGUGGAGGAUUACAAGAUUUCUGAAACUAAUUAUAACAACUCAUUGAUCUGUGGGCUAGGAGUGGGUAUUAAAAGCUUUAUGCAAAUGAUUACAGUGGGAGGAAACUGUUUGAUGUUUCAUAGCAACUUUAACUUUAAAAACAACUCAAGGAUUGUAUUAGAAAAAUGUAUAGAGUUUGGAGGAAAUUAUAGGGAAGCUUAUAUGUUUAAAAGUGCUAAAGAAAAAUGCUUGAUUUUAAUCGAGCUAAUGAAAUUUUUAAUUAGUUCAAAAGUAAUAUAUUCAGCUUGCAUAGGAAAUGGCUCAAAUAGAAUAUUAGUGGAUGGAGAGGGUGUAAAAUUAACCAAAUUUUCAGAUUUUUAUCAAAAGAAAUAUAACGUCGUUCUUUUUGACACAGAGGAUAUUAAUUAA